AUGCGAUCACCACUGUCACUGCCGGCGCGAUGGAGAUCAAUACGAGCAUUCUCCCAGUCCACCAGAAGGCGCAACGCCACCCCCAAAGACGAUGGCGAAGGCAUUAAUGCCAUAUCGAGACACAUCACACAACCAAAGUCACAGGGAGCCUCGCAAGCCAUGCUGUACGCGACUGGUCUGACGGAGAAGGACAUGUCGAAGGCUCAGAUCGGUAUAUCGUCUGUCUGGUUCGGAGGCAACCCUUGUAAUAUGCAUCUCCUCGACCUCAACCACAAGGUCAAGGAGAGUGUGGGCAAGGCUGGCAUGUUGGGCAUGCAAUUCAACACCAUUGGUGUGAGCGACGGGAUAUCGAUGGGCACAACCGGGAUGCGAUACAGCUUGCAGAGUCGAGACUUGAUCGCAGACAGCAUAGAGACGGUCAUGGGCGGACAGUGGUACGAUGCCAACAUCAGCAUACCCGGCUGCGACAAGAACAUGCCUGGCGUGAUCAUAGCCAUGGGACGGUCAAAUCGGCCCAGCAUAAUGGUCUAUGGCGGCACCAUUGCCCCUGGCUGUGGCGCCAAACCACGCAAUGCCAAACUCGACAUCGUCUCCGCCUUCCAAUCGUACGGCCAAUUCCUUUCCGGCGAGAUCGACGAAGAAGAGCGCUUCGACAUCACCCGCCACGCCUGCCCUGGCGCGGGUGCCUGCGGAGGCAUGUAUACGGCCAAUACGAUGGCCUCCGUAAUCGAAACCAUGGGCAUGACCCUCCCCGGCUCCUCCUCCAACCCCGCCACCAGCAAAGCCAAACAACUUGAAUGCCAGGCCGUUGGCCCCGCCAUCCGCAACCUCCUCAAGGAAGACAUCCGCCCCUCAGACAUUCUCACCCGCUCUGCCUUCGAGAACGCCAUGGUCCUUGUUAACAUAACCGGCGGCAGCACCAACGCCGUCCUCCACCUCAUAGCUAUCGCACACAGCGUCGGCGUCCCGCUCACAAUUGACGACUUCCAAUCCGUCUCCGACCGCACCCCUUUCCUCGCCGACCUCAAACCCUCCGGCAAAUACGUCUUCAACGAUCUCUACGAUAUUGGAGGGACACCAUCUCUUAUCAAAUAUCUCCUGAAAGAAGGCCUCCUCGACGGCUCCGGCAUGACAGUCACCGGCCGCACUCUCGCUCAAAACGUCGAAAACGCCCCCGACUUCCCUUCAGAUCAGGAGAUCAUCCGUCCGAUCUCUAACCCUAUCAAACCAACCGGCCACAUCCAGAUCCUCCGCGGCUCGCUCGCGCCAGGCGGCGCCGUAGGCAAGAUUACCGGCAAAGAAGGCACAGUCUUUACCGGCUCUGCCCGCGUCUUCGACAGCGAGGAUGCUUUCAUCGCGGCGCUCGAAGCGAACACUUUCACCAAAGGCGAGAAGACCGUCGUCAUCAUCCGCUACGAAGGGCCGAAGGGCGGUCCGGGAAUGCCCGAGAUGCUGAAACCUAGCUCAGCAAUCAUGGGCGCCGGUCUCGGCAACGACGUCGCGCUCGUCACAGACGGCCGCUUCAGCGGCGGGAGCCAUGGUUUCUUGAUCGGACAUGUCACCCCAGAGGCGCAGGAAGGCGGGCCUAUUGGGUUGGUACGGGAUGGAGAUACCAUCACGAUUGAUGCUGAGAAGAACGUGGUUGAUAUCGUGGGGCAGAGCGCGGAAGAGCUGGAGAGGAGGGGGAAGGAAUUUGUGGCGCCGAAGCUGAAGUACGAUCGCGGGACGCUGUUUAAGUAUGCGAGGAGUGUGACGGACGCCAGUAGGGGGUGUAUUACUGAUGCUGCGUGA